AUGCAGCAAUCAAUACAAGAGAGGUAUUUGGAGUUGUUAAAGAAAUUUAAGGAAGAGCAAAGCGAAAUAAUCGCCAACAUCAAGGAAUUGAUUUAAGAGAAGGAUGUUGAUUUGGAAGGAUUCAGGGAAUAAAUUUUAAAUAUACUCUAAUUGUAAUUCAAAGGAUAGAAGUUGCUAUUUGCAACACAAACAAGAAUAGCUAAUGAGCUUAAAGAGUUUAAUUCCCAAAAAUUAGAUCACAUCAAAGUAUACAGACUGAAAUUCGAUGAUUGUCUAUUAAGCAACAUCUUAAUUAUACUCAUGAAGGGCUAAGUGGGAACUCCCUAUGAAGGCGGCAUCUAUAGCUUUAUUUUGAAGUUCCCUGAGAACUUUCCAUUUGCUACUCCUGAGUUCAGAGCACUGCUUCCCAUCAAACAUCCCCACAUCUAUCCUAACCUGAGACUCUGUACUCCUACAAUCAACGAGUAUUACGAAAUCCAAUAGUACAGUCUCCUGGAAUUACUCUAAUCGUGGUAUGCUAUUUUACAUAGAGAACCAAAUAAGUUUUCCUUAGCUAAUUGCGAAGCUGCUGAACAAUAUACUGAUGAAUUCAUAAAACUCUAGGCAGAAUUCAGUUCCAUGGAAAACCCAGUUAUGAAGUUGUUCAAGAUUUAAGAUCAUGACGAAGAGGAAUUAGAAUUGUUUAUGAGCCUUUGAUAUUUUAUGAGAAUUGUAUUCAUAGUUUAUGUGAUAUCCCC